AUCAUGUUUAGGAUCAUGAUCCUGAUAAAGGACCUACAUGUAGGUUAAUCCGACCUUUCUGAAGUGAGUGGUCGGUGAAAUCCGACGAAACCCGCGAAACCGACCCAGUAAAAUUACAGUUUAGCGCCCCACCACCGAUCCCUGUCAGUACACGGCUGUUAUUCACCCGAGUCCGUGUCCGGCAGUCGACGGAGGUCGGGACCCAAGGUUCACCCGCGCGCCGCCUGCGGUCCGAACCGAGUCUGCCGCAUGAGGCGCAACUUCCAACCAAGGUCGAGAGAGCUGAGUAAUCCCCGGUCAAGCUGUAUGUUCAAUAUAAGGCGAUUCGCCGUGUAGUAUCACACAAAUUACCUACCUAGUCAAAACUCAAAAAAUACUCGGACUCUAAACGAGCCCAAGAAGGGUCCACCCGUGUCUGGUCUGCACUGCACCUUGACACUUGACGUCGACCUGAGUCGGCCGUGUCCUUCCAGCUGCCCACAAUGUCGACUCCCGCCGUCACCCCCCCGCCGGAGAAAGACCUGCCCUCCGGCAGUGAGAGUAUACCGGCAACUGAUAUCCAGGGCCAGAAAAAGGAGAACGGCGCAUCGUCCGAGGAAGAUGUUGGGCAAGUUGAACCUGAGAGUUCACCCCAGGCACCCCCACGCAAUGUGCAUGGGGUGGCAUGGGUGCUGGUCGUCAUGUCCAUCUUCUCCUGCGUCUUUCUCUUUGCACUCGACAAUACCAUCGUCGCCGAUAUCCAGCCGGCUAUCGUCAAUCAGUUCGACGACCUGACGCUGCUCCCAUGGCUCUCGGUAGCCUUCAUGCUUGGGGCAGCGAGUACAUUGCUCAUGUGGGGUAAGGGAUAUGGAUUGUUCAACUGCAAAUGGAUCUACAUUGGUACCACGGUCAUCUUCGAGAUUGGAUCGGCCGUGUGCGGCGCUGCCCCGAGCAUGAACGCCCUCGUUGUUGGACGUGCCAUCUGCGGCCUGGGCGGCGCCGGCAUGUACCUCGGCGUCAUGACGAUCCUCUCCAUGCUGACGUCGCCCUUGGAGCGGCCCAUGUAUCUCGGCAUGGUUGGUUUGACUUGGGGAGCAGGCACGGUCCUCGGACCCAUCAUCGGCGGUGCUUUCUCAGACAGCGCGGCAACCUGGCGCUGGGCCUUCUACAUCAAUCUCUGCAUCGGCGGCCUCUUCGCCCCGGUCUUUCUCUUCAUGAUUCCCAGCAUCGACCCCCGCCCGGGCGUCCCGUACAAGGCGCGGAUGGCCGAGAUGGACUGGGUGGGUAUCCUCCUGUUCAUCGGCGCCUUUGUCAUGGGCAUCAUGGCCAUCGCCUUUGGCGGAACCAUGUAUGCAUGGGAAGACAGCCGCAUCAUCGGCAUGUUUGUCGGCUCGGCCGUCACAUUCGCCGUCUUCUUUUUCCAGCAGGGGUUCAUGUGGCUCACGUCAUAUACCGGGCGCAUAUUCCCCAUGCAGUAUCUCAAGAGCAAGGAGAUGAUCCUCAUCUUCAUCGAAACGGCCGCGGCGGGGACGUCCUCGUUCGUCCCCAUCUACUUCAUCCCCUUGUACUUCCAAUUCGUCAAGGGCGACGGCGCCCUCGACGCGGGCGUGCGCCUCCUUCCCUUCAUCAUCCCGAUGGUGGUGUGCAACAUGGUCAACGGCGUCGGCAUGAGCGCGUUGGGCUAUUACAUGCCCUGGUACGUUCUCGGCGGAGCCCUCGUCCUCGUCGGCGGGGUUCUCCUCCGGAUCGUCACCCUGACGACCAGCGUGGCCCACAUCUACGGCGCGCUCGUGGUCGGCGGCAUCGGCACCGGCGUCUUUUCGCAGGCCGGAUUCUCGGUGGCCCAGUCCCUGGUGCCUCCCGAGGAGAUCCCCAUGGCCGUCGGCUUCAUGACGUGCGCCCAGGUGGGCGGCUCGGCCAUUGCCCUCGCCAUCGCCAACACCAUCUUCCUGAACCGCGCCACGGGCCAGAUCACGCAGCUGCUUCCGGACCACUCGGUGGGUGCGGUGCAGGCCAUGAUCUCGGGGUCCAACAGGGCGCUCCUCGAGUCGUUGGACGGAGACUUGCGCACCGAUGUGCUGAAUGCCAUUGUCACCUCCAUCACGGAUGCGCUGACGUUGGAUGUAACUGCCGGGGCUCUUGCGCUCGUCGUGGCCGUUUUCCUGCGACGCGGGAAGAUGAACCAUACCCACGGUGGAGGGGCAGUCGUGGUGGGAUGAUUGUCACUGUUGUUGCCAUGUACCGAGUGUUGUUGCCAUCUACCGAGUAUUACGGUAUUACCUCGUUGUAAUAGAAGUCUAUAGAUUCAAAGAGUGGUCAAAUAGAGUAUUCCUACCUACCUAGGUACUACCUUGAUAUCCUACCUGCCACCCUGCUUCCACACCUUGGGUGCCUGAGUGACAUGACCGAGUCUCUUGGGAGCGCGUGCUCUUCCACACAACAUCAACACUUGACUUGAAUGUGCUUAGAAGCAGCGCUGUGCCUGUGAUAUCUUCUUGAAGUGAUGACAGCCCUGUAUGUGAAUAGAUCUUCAGCAAAGUCUCGGUUGGCGGCAACUACUGCACCACUUGGGUAUUGGUUCAUCAAGG